GGCAGCCGCCGCCUGAUGCGCGAGCCGUCGGUGGCCGUGCGGGAGUCGGCGGCGGAGCACCUCGAGGAGCGCCAGACGGACUGGGCCUACUCCAAGCCCGUCGUCGUGCUCGACGUGCUCUGGAACCUCGCCUUCGUCGCCGUCGCCGCCGCCGUCCUCGCCGCCUCCCUCGGCGAGAGCCCCGCCGUCCCUCUCCGCUUCUGGAUCGCGGGCUACGUGCUCCAGUGCCUUCUGCACGUCUUCUGCGUCGUCGUUGAGUACAGGCGCCGCCGACGGGACGCCCGUGGUGCUGGGGCUGGGGCUGGAGCGCAGCAGGAUGAUGCUGGAGAUGGGGACGACAAGAUCAGUAUCGUCAAGCACCUGGAGUCUGGAAACACGAUGUUUUCCUUCAUAUGGUGGAUCAUUGGAUUCUAUUGGGUAUCUGCAGGUGGUCUAGCCUUGUCAGAAGACGCUCCUCAACUUUACUGGCUCUCCAUUGUUUUUCUGGCAUUUGAUGUUUUCUUUGUGGUAUUCUGUGUUGCUCUGGCGUGUGUGAUUGGCAUUGCUGUCUGUUGCUGCCUGCCUUGUAUUAUUGCCAUCUUAUAUGCUGUAGCUGAUCAGCAGGAAGGAGCAUCUGAGGACGACAUUAAUAGCCUAUCCAAAUACAAAUUUCGGACAAUGGGUGAUGCAGACAAGCUGGUUGCUGGAAUUGCAGCACCUGUGGGUGGAGUAAUGACUGAGUGUGGUACCAACCCUCCAGUUGAACACAUUCUUUCUGCUGAGGAUGCAGAGUGCUGCAUCUGCCUAUGCCCAUACGAAGAUGGUGUUGAGCUGCGAGAACUCCCCUGCAACCAUCAUUUCCACUGCACCUGCAUAGAGAAGUGGCUUCACAUAAAUGCGACGUGUCCACUGUGCAAGUUUAACAUCAUCAAGAGCAACCUUGGAAGCGAAGAGGUGUAGGCAGCACAAGUGAGAAGGCCUCUUGAUACCUUCCAGCCGAGUUCAUCAGAUGUACUGCAUACCGGUUGUGUGGUUACGCAUGGAUGACUCGUUGAAUUACGAGGUAGUGCACAGAUGGUUCCUGAAGUGAUUUUCUUGCAGCGAUACCUAGUAAAGCGAAGUGUGAUGUACAUUUUUUUCUCAUCUUGAUCAGUUUGCAUUGCGGUUUCUCAUGGUUUUUGUGUAGCUAGUGUUUAAAUACGUGAAAAGUAGUGAUUUGUGCAAAUGUUUCAUGGAUUGGGGCUUAGUUACAUGUACAUACAGAGUCAGUUUGUAGGGAUACAGUGUCCUGUCUGGUUGCUGAAAAUAUUUGCAGAUGGUGUGGUGUUGGGUGUUUCUGUACUGUCGUUUUAUUAGAUUUCCUAAGCAUCUGAUUUCUUUC